GGACAAACAGGCCACUAGUGCUUGAGAAACACGGAUCCGAGUCCGAGAAGCGCGAGACAUAAAACAAGGAAACACAAUGGCAAACUGCAGAAACAGAACCGAGAGCGACCUUACCAUGGCGGCCCUUCUUCCCAAUAUGAGUGCAAGAUGACAUCUCAAUCUCCAGUAUUCCCGUGUGACCCAUAUUGCAUGCCGUCUCAUUCUGCUUUUACAUAUUUAUAAGAUACGACAAUUGAGAGUGCAAUGGAGGCAUUGACUGAGCUAUGCGACCUGGUGGCACUGAACCCGACGCAAUUCGCCGAUAAGCUGGCCUGGAUUUGCGGGAGAUGCCCGCCAUCGGAUACCCUCCACGCCCGAUCACCGAGGGUUUCGCGCUCGCAGCUCAAUGCGGUGCUUGCCGUUGCCCGAUUCCUCUCUAAAUGCCGCGAUUCCCCGGAUCAACGUCCUAACUCCGUCAUCCUUGACUUUCUCCGCUCGAUCCCAGAUUCAUUUCAACGUUCCUUCUGGCCACAGGCGUUUAGUAGCGAUUCUAUCAUGGCAUUUUUCGUAGAAUUCUUGGGAUACGUAUCAAAAGCAGCAGAACUGUCACCUGAUUUCGCUGAGGAUAUUGCCGGCUUUGCUGGGAAGGCUGUGAUGGCGGCCAUUACUUAUGUUGGUGAAGAUUUAGCGAUUUCUAGGGUCUUUUUAUUAGCUCUAUCACAGAAUUUCCUGCCAGUUUUACCACAAGAUGCUGAUAGAUUGGCGGCCUGUCUUCUAGAUCAAUGCUCUUUUUCAGUGCCGCCCACGUCUAGAGACCAGAUUGCUGUAAACUCUGAAACGACCUCCUGUCAGAGUUCUCCACUCCCCAAUGAGAGUGCCAGUCCCAUAAACGAGGUGAGCCAGUCAAGCGGAUCAUCAAAGGGGUCUUCUGUGUCUAAUGGUGGUAGCAUUUUGUGGAAGAGUGGAGGGGAUGCAAGUUUUGGUUUUAACGGCGGUGGAGGUGAAGGUGGUGGGGUUUUGCUUCGUCGGCAGAUUGCUUUGUUUGAGGAGGAGUCUGUGGAGAGCUUGGGAAAACAGGAGUUAGCUUUUAAAUUGAUCGCACACAUAUUGGAUAACGUAAGAAUUGAUCCCCAACUUUUGGACCAAGUGAGAUUAAUUGCGAAGAAGCAGCUGCAGUCGAUGCCUCCUUUUCUAAGGAUAAGGAAGCGAGACUGGAAUGAACAAGGGCCACUUCUUAAAUCUAGAAUCAAUGCAAAACUAGCUGUUAGUCAGGCUGCAGCCAAAAUGAAAAUCAAGUGUCUUGCAUCCCUUGAAGUAGAUGCUAGAACUUCCAAGAGGUUGGUGCUUGAGACUCUUGCAUUGUUGAUAGAUGUUGCGGAGACGUGUUUGUUCUCAGGAUGGCGGAAGUUAAGAAUUUGCGAAGAGCUCUUCCGUUCUCUACUCUCUGGGAGUGCAAAAAUUGCAGCCAGUAGAGGAGGUGAACCGCUGCGCAUUUUUCUCAUUCACCUCAAACGUCUUGUGCUAACUUCUUGUUUACCGGCUGAUACAUGGGGUAGCAGCCAGGAGGCCAUGUUUGAGAGUGCCUUGGAGAUUUGUUGUGAGAUAGUUGUUUCUGGCUGGACCAGGGACCGAGCUCCACUGGUUACCUUUAUCAAUGGACUAGCUACUAGUAUUCGUGAACGAAAUGAUUAUGAGGAACAGGUGGAUAAGGAGAAACAGGCAGUUCAAUUUAUGCAGCGCAAUCUUAUCCGCCUACUUGCUGAACUGAAUGUUGUUGUCAAGAAGCCUGACGUGGUAGACAUGAUACUGCCACCUUUUAUUGAAAGCUUGGAAGAGGGUGAUGCUUCAACUCCUAGUUUAUUGCGACUGCGACUUCUUGAUGCUGUAGCUCGUGUGGCAAGUUUAGGAUUUGAGAAGUCAUAUCGUGAAACUGUUGUUCUUAUGACAAGAAAUUAUUUGAGUAAAUUAUCCACUGUCGGUUCUGCUGAAAGCAAAACAUUGGCACCAGAAGCCACUACUGAACGAGUUGAGACACUUCCUGCAGGAUUUCUUCUGAUUGCUAGUGGCCUAACAUGUCCUAAGUUGCGUUCAGACUAUCGUCAACGUUUAUUGUCUUUGUGCUCAGAUGUAGGCCUGGCUGCUGAGUCAAAAAGUGGAAGAAGUGGAGCGGAUUUUCUGGGACCUCUUCUUCCUGCGGUUGCUGAAAUAUGUUCUGAUUUCGACCCUACUGUAAAUGUGGACUCAUUACUUCAAAAAUUAUUUCGCAACUUGUGGUUCUAUAUUGCGCUUUUUGGCCUAGCACCUCCUAUACAAAAGGUCCAGUCAUCAGCAAAGGCAAUAUCUACCAAUCUAAACAGCAUUGGAAGCAUGGGAACGAUUGCUCUCCAAGCGGUGGGUGGACCUUACAUGUGGAACACACAGUGGUCUUCUGCUGUCCAGCGUAUUGCGCAAGGCACUCCUCCUCUUGUUGUCAGCACAGUAAAAUGGCUUGAAGACGAGUUGGAACUCAAUGCACUUCACAACCCUGGCAGUCGUCGAGCUAGUGGUAAUGAGAAAGCUGCUUUAUCCCAAAAAGCCGCUCUUUCUGUCGCUCUUGGAGGGAAAGUUGAUGUUGCAGCAAUGACCACAAUUUCCGGAGUGAAAGCAACUUAUCUUCUUGCGGUAGCUUUUCUGGAGAUAAUACGUUUCAGCAGCAACGGUGGCAUCCUCAAUGGUGGUACUAGUGUGACGGAUUCUAGGAGUGCCUUCAGUUGCGUUUUUGAGUACCUGAAAACUUCAGAUCUUACGCCCGCUGUCUUACAAUGUUUGACAGCUAUCGUCCAUAGGUCAUUUGAAACAGCUGUACUGUGGCUGGAGGAUCGAAUAACUGAAACUGGUAAUGAAGCUGAGGUCAGAGAAUCAACUCUGUUUGCACAUGCUUGUUUCCUCAUAAAAAGUAUGUCACAUAGGCAGGAACUCAUCAGGGAAACCGCUGUGAACUUGCUGAAUCAACUUAAAAGCAGGUUUCCUCAGAUUUUGUGGAAUUCUUCUUGUUUAGAUUCCCUACUUUUUUUGGUUCAUAAUGACUUGUCUUCUGCUGUCAUCAACGAUCCGGCUUGCAUAGCAACAAUUCGGCAUUCCUACGAAAGAAUUGUUCGGGAAUGGAUCAUUGUAUCACUUUCAUAUGCACCAUGUACUAGCCAGGGCCUACUGCAGGAAAAAAUCUGUAAAGCAAACACAUGGCAAAGAGCUCCUAAUACAACUGAUGUGGUUUCUUUGUUAUCCGAGAUAAGGCAUGGUACUAGUAAGAACGAUUGUUGGACGGGUACACGAACAGCAAAUAUUCCAGCAGUCAUGGCUGCUGCGGCUGCAGCAUCAGGAGGAAACUUGGAAUUGACAGAAGCCUUCAAUAUGGAGCUGCUGAGUACUGCAAUUGUCAGUGCAACAGUGAAGUGCAACAUUGCUGGACAAAUUGAUGGAAUGAGGAAGGUUUAUGAUAUUCAAUCAAGUGCUACACCAACAGGUUCUGCGCUUGGUAGUGGCCUUCAAAGACUGAUUUCGGGAGCAUUUUCUCAGCCAACACAGGCUAAGGAUGAUUCAUUUAAUAAGGUGCUACUUAACAAUUUUGUGCGUCUUCUUCAACAAUUUGUUAACACUGCAGAGAAAGGUGGGAAAGUGGAUAAGUCGCAGUUCCGUGAAACUUGUUCUCAGGCAACUGCAUUACUACUCUCAGAUCUGGGUUCUGCUUCAAGAUCGAAUAUAGAAGGCUUUGCACAACUUCUGCGCCUUCUUUGCUGGUGUCCUGCUUAUAUUUCUACUCCUGAUGCAAUGGAGACUGGCAUUUUCAUUUGGACUUGGCUAGUUUCUGCUGCACCACAUCUGGGUUCCUUAGUUCUUGCCGAGCUUGUUGACGCUUGGUUGUGGACAAUUGAUACAAAAAGAGGUCUCUUUGCGUCUGAUGUAAAGUACUCUGGACCUGCUGCAAAACUAAGGCCACACCUUGCUCCUGGGGAACCAGAACCUCAACCUGAAUUUGAUCCUGUGGAGCAAAUACUUGCUCAUCGAUUAUGGCUUGGGUUUUUCAUGGAUCGCUUUGAGGUAGUCCGACACAACAGUAUUGAGCAACUUUUGCUCCUUGGUCGUAUGCUACAAGGGACGACAAACUUUCCAUGGAACUUUUCUCACCAUCCUGCUGCCACCGGUACCUUUUUCACUGUUAUGCUUCUUGGGCUUAAGUUCUGCUCAUGCCAUUCCCAAGGCAACUUGCAGAAAUUUAAAACAGGGCUUCAAUUGCUUGAAGAUCGCAUUUAUCGGGCCUCUUUAGGUUGGUUUGCUAAUGAACCAGGAUGGUGUGACCUAGAUAAUAUGAACUUUGCUCAGAGUGAGGCUCAAUCUGUAUACAUAUUUGUCCAUUAUCUAACAAAUGAUCGAGGAGAUACUUCUCAAUCUGAUUCAAAAGGAUGCGGACGUGAAAAUGGGAGUUCUUUGGCUGAUGUGAGUGAUCAAUAUCAUCCUGUAUGGGGUCAGAUGGAGAACUAUGCAUUGGGAAGAGAAAAGCGGAAGCAGCUACUUUUGAUGCUCUGCCAGCAUGAGGCUGAUCGGCUCGAAGUUUGGUCACAACCCACUAACACAAAAGAUGUAUCUUCUCGGCCGAAAAUUAGCUUAGAUAAAUGGGUUGAAUAUGCUAGGACUGCCUUCUACGUGGAUCCAAGAGUUGCUUUAUCCUUGGCCUCGAGGUUUCCUGUCAAUGCUACUUUGAAGGCUGAAGUAACUAAUCUGGUGCAGACACAUAUAUUGGAAAGCCGCUGCAUACCUGAAGCUUUGCCAUAUUUUGUCACUCCUAAGGCGGUUGAUGAAAACUCAGUGCUUUUGCAACAAUUACCGCAUUGGGCUGCUUGUUCAAUUACACAAGCUCUUGAGUUCCUCACUCCUGCAUAUAAGGGUCAUCCACGUGUCAUGGCAUAUGUUCUUAGGGUUCUGGAGUCAUAUCCUCCAGAACGGGUAACCUUCUUCAUGCCACAGCUAGUGCAGGCUUUGCGAUAUGAUGAUGGGAGGUUGGUAGAAGGAUACUUGCUUAGAGCUGCUCAACGAAGUGAUAUUUUUGCCCAUAUUCUUAUUUGGCAUCUACAGGGUGAGACUGAACCAGAAUCAGGAAAAGAUGCUGGGAUUGGGAAGAAUAGUUCCUUUCAAGCACAAUUGCCAAUUGUUCGACAACAUAUCAUUGAUGGUUUGAGUUCUAAGGCCCUUGACUUGUUUAGAAGAGAAUUUGAUUUCUUUGACAAAGUUACAUCUAUAUCCGGGGUACUCUAUCCACUCCCUAAGGAAGAACGUCGAGCUGGUAUCCGCAGGGAGCUGGAGAAAAUUGAAAUGGAGGGAGAGGACCUCUAUCUACCAACUGCUACUAGCAAGCUUGUAAGAGGAAUUCAGGUGGACAGUGGUAUACCCUUACAAUCUGCUGCAAAAGUUCCUAUCAUGAUCACAUUUGACGUGGUUGAUAAGGAUGGGGACAAUAAUGAUAUAAAACCCCAAGCAUGCAUUUUUAAGGUUGGAGAUGAUUGUCGGCAAGAUGUUCUAGCUCUUCAAGUUAUAUCACUUCUUAGAGACAUAUUUGAAUCUGUUGGACUCAAAUUAUAUUUGUUUCCAUAUGGUGUGCUCCCGACUGGCCCAGGGAGAGGUAUAAUUGAGGUUGUGCCCAAUACGCGUAGCAGAAGUCAGAUGGGUGAAACCACAGAUGGUGGUUUAUUUGAAAUCUUUCAGCAGGAUUAUGGGCCGGUUGGCUCCCCCAGCUUUGAAGCCGCGCGUGAGAACUUUAUCAUCAGUAGUGCUGGUUAUGCAGUUGCCAGUCUUCUGCUUCAGCCAAAGGAUAGACACAACGGAAAUCUUCUUUUUGACAAUGUGGGGAGGCUUGUUCACAUCGAUUUUGGUUUCAUCUUUGAAAUAUCACCUGGUGGAAACAUGCGCUUUGAGAGUGCACACUUUAAGCUGAGCCAUGAAAUGACACAAUUACUUGAUCCAUCUGGGGUAAUGAAGAGUGAUACCUGGAACCAAUUUGUAAGCUUGUGUGUGAAAGGGUACCUUGCUGCUCGGCGCUAUAUGGAUGGAAUAGUCAACACAGUUUUGCUAAUGCUAGACAGUGGAUUGCCUUGCUUUGGCCGGGGUGACCCAAUUGGAAAUCUUCGAAAGCGAUUUCAUCCUGAGAUGACUGAGCGUGAGGCUGCCAGCUUCAUGAUUCGUGUUUGCACGGAUGCAUACAACAAGUGGACAACUGCUGGUUAUGAUCUGAUACAAUAUCUGCAGCAGGGAAUCGAGAAGUAGACUUUUGGAGCUGGCGUUCUAUGUACAUGAUCAACUGGUAAUUGGAAGUCAUUUUCAUUCCUAUAGGUGCGCGAUAUCUCUUUGAAGGAUUGCCAGUGAAGACUGGUGAGGAUAAAUGUCGUGGAUAAGGGGACAGCGGGAAUUUGGCUUCUUUGUGAACGUGGUGGGGUUGCCUGCUCGAUUUAUAAAGGGACACUUUCAUAUCUCUAUCAACUUGGAAUACGCGGCUCAUUAAAAGGCAUAUAUUUGUAGUCGUACGGCUCAUUAAAGGUAUAUAUUUGUAGGGCUAAAUAUAACUUUUUGUGUAUACACGUUUCAUUUUUAUAUAUUUUUUUUCUAAUAUUGUGUCUCAACUAUGGAAAAAUAUCCCGAUUGAAAGUUGAAAAAAUGAUACAUGGUGACAGUCGUAAA